GGAGAGUGGGCCCAAGCUUGGGCCUAGGUGUCGUGUACUGUGGGUGCUGCUGGGCACGGCACGAUCAUCUAUCACUGCUGUUCAGGGCACUUUGAAGUCAUUUUGAGAUGUGGUGGUUUCAGCAAGGACUCAGCUUUCUACCAUCAGCCCUUGUUAUUUGGACAGCUGCUGCCUUCAUCUUUUCCUACAUUACUGCAAUAACUCUUCACCAUGUGGACCCUGCAUUGCCCUAUAUCAGUGACACUGGAACAGUGGCUCCAGAAAAAUGCUUGUUUGGGGUAAUGUUAAAUAUCGCUGCAGUCUUAUGUGUUGCCACCAUAUAUGUUCGUUAUAAGCAAGUUCAUGCUCUCAAUCCCGAGGAGCCUCAGAUCAUCAAAUUAAACAAGGCUGGCCUUGCACUUGGAUUACUUAGUUGCUUAGGACUUUCUAUCGUGGCAAACUUCCAGAAAACAACAAUCUUUGCUGCACACAUAUGUGGAGCUGUGCUUACCUUUGGCCUCGGUUCCUUUUAUAUGUUUGUUCAGACAAUCCUUUCUUACAAAAUGCAGCCGAAAAUUCAUAGCAAACAAGUCUUCUGGAUCCGGCUGGUAGCAGUGAUCUGGUGUGGAAUAAGUGCAUUUAGCAUGCUGACUUGCUCCUCCCUUUUGUACAGUGGCCAUUUUGGCUCUGAUAUAGUCCAGAAGCUCCACUGGAACCCUGAAGACAAAGGCUAUGCACUUCAUAUGAUCACCACUGCAGCAGAAUGGUCCAUGUCUUUUUCUUUCUUUGGUUUUUUUCUGACUUAUAUUCGUGAUUUUCAGAAAAUUUCCUUACGGGUAGAAGCUAAUAUACAAGGACUGACUCUUUAUGACACUUCCCCCUGCCUUAUUAAUAGUGAAAGAACCCACCUGCUUUCAAAGGAUUCAUGACAAAAGGAGAAGAUAUAUCUGUGAUGAUUAUGAUUCUCAGGGAUUAGUAGAUUGUUCCUGAAAAAUACUUAACUAUGCUUUCAAAUUUCUAACCAAUUAAUCAAGGCCAUCAAAGACACUGCUUAAUAAUGCUAUACAAAUGCUGUGUAGUAAGCCAUGUGAUGAGUGAUUUUAAAGAAUAUUAUCAAGA